AUGAAUCCGUCUCUCACGGGGAAACAACCGAGUCUCCGUCGAAGUCUAUCAAUGCCGCCGCUGUGCUGCGGAGGAUCUACACCGGCGGAGUUUUGUGGCGGUGCGACGGCGAGUUGCGCCGCCUUAUGUUGCUGCGCUCCUUGCAGCUUGGUUAGUCUCGUCGUCUUCGCUGUUUACAAGGUCCCUCGCCGAAUCUGCCGCCACAUUAUCCGUCGUGUGCGGCGGCGGAGAAGGCGGAGGAUAUCGAAGAAGGAGGUUUUGGAUAAUGGAGAUUGCGACAAGAAGCUGAGCAAAGUAGGGAGCUCACAGUUCGCUAUUCAUCCGUUAGAGAGCAAAGACGACGAAGAUUUGGAUAAAUUAGCAUUUUAUUUGUCAGAGGAAGAUGAAGACGAUGAAGUUGUUGCGUUAGAGAAAGAGAUGUGGAGACGAUUUAACAGUGGAGGUUUCUGGCGUAGCGUUUCACAAGAUGAAACGACGUCGUACGAUAACCGAUUAGAUUCCAAAGUGUAA